AUGGCCGCUCUCGCCAGCUCCCUCAUUCGCCAGCGCAGGGAGGUCAAGGACCCCCAGGCAAACCGGCAGAUCGCCAGCAAGCGCAAGCCGUGCCCAAAGAGCAACAAGUCGCUCUGCCAGAAGCAAAUCCUCAUAUUAAUAUCCAAGGUUCGAUUAUGUGGCAGUCGAGGGAGAAAAAUGGAGAAAAGACCAGACAGACCUAGCCCUCCUCCUCCCACUACUCGAGCUCAGCUGCGGCUUGAGCCCCAGCUGAAGGGCAUCGUCACGCGGCUCUACUGCAGACACGGCUUCUACCUCCAGAUGCUGCCGGAUGGCACCAUGGAAGGCACAAAGGACGAAAGCAGCUCCUUCUUGCAGUUCAACUUGAUUCCUGUGGGGCUCAGGAUCGUGGCCAUCCAGAGCACCAAGACAGGGCUCUAUGUCGCCAUGAACAGCGAGGGCUACCUCUACACUUCGGUGCACUUCACGCCAGAGUGCAAGUUUAAGGAGUGCGUGUUCGAGAACUACUACGUGACCUACUCGUCCAUCCUGUACAGGCAGACCCAGUCGGGCCGAGCGUGGUACAUCGGCAUCAACCGGGACGGACAAGUGAUGAAGGGGAACCGUGUCAAGAAGACCAAGGGAGCUGCACACUUCCUGCCCAAACUCAUCGAAGUGGCCAUGUACAGGGAGCCCUCUCUACACGACGUCGCAGAGCAGAGUCCGCCCAGGAAAACGCCCAAGACCUCCAGUGACUCGCCCGUGCUUAAGAACGGCAAGAAAGACCCUAAAUCCAAAACCAAAACGUCCUCCUCCUAGCGCUCAGACACACGGGAGGUGGU